CCUUCCUUACCUGACCCCGUUAUCAGAUGUUCAGGUGUUAAAAAUAGUUCAUAACGCCGCGUUUUAUUUAUUUUACAUUCUCAUUUCAGUCCUAGUUGAAAAAUAAUUUAAAAAUAGAAUAUGCCAGUGCGUCAGAAGAGGGUAUAUUAAUGCGGACGGGCCCUUAAAAACAGUCUUUAAAUCAUUGUCCAUCAGAGUGCUAUCAAAAAUCUGAGUAAAUCAAGGUUGAGCUGCGCUUAUACUGGUAAACUAUUUCAUAUUCAUAGUGCAGCUUUUGGGUCGAACUGGUAAUAGCAUCGAGUCCCUCGAAAUGUCAGUUGUUCGAGGACUCGUGGACUGGUGAGAACGUGAAGAUCAAUGCCAACUUUUCUACGCAUACAAGACUUUCAUAAGCUCUUAGCCGCUUUUGGCAGCACAACGCUGCCGCCGGCAUCUGCAACUAAAAAGAGCAAUAGCCAGGCGAACAGAAGAAUGAAGUCAGCAGUACGUAAUGGCACAGCAAUUCAACGAGGCGAUCGCAUACUUACGGAACAACCAUUUGUCUUUGUGCUGCAAGCCAAAUACCGUAAAGAGCGCUGCGAUAAUUGCCUGCAAGCCUGCAAGGUAUUGAAAUGUGCCAACUGCCAGUACGUGUAUUAUUGCGGUCGUGACUGCCAAACGCAAUGCUGGAGGCUGCAUAAAAUCGAAUGUCCAUUCCUAAAGCGCAUUUAUCCGCGUAUUGUGCCCGAUGCAGCACGCAUGCUUUGUAAAUUGAUAAUACACUUGGACAAGGGAGGCGAUCUAGUGCGUGGGUACUACACUGAAACUUGUUCACGUCGGUUUCGUGACAUGAUGUCCCAUUAUGGUGAGAUAAAAAAUGACGCACGACGUUUGGAGCAUUUAGAAUCUUUGCAUGGCGUGUUGCGAGAUAUGAUGGGAGAAAAUGCUAUAGUGCCUAAUCUAACGGAAUUAACAAGUAUCUAUGGGAGGUUAAUCACUAAUGGCUUCAGCAUACUCGACCCUGAAAUGAAUUCCAUUGCCACAGCUAUUUAUCUAGGCGUUUCAGUAACAGAUCACAGCUGCAAGCCAAACGCGGUUGCUACUUUCGAGGGUACUACCUUACAUGUGCAUGCAAUCGACGACAUCGAGUGCUUGGAUUGGUCCAAGAUCUUCAUCAGCUAUAUAGAUCUUCUAAAUACACCUGAACAAAGGCGUGCCGAGCUUCAAGCGAAUUAUUUUUUUCUCUGCGUAUGUUCGAAAUGCACUGAUGUGCAGGAAACACACGAAAUGCUAGCUGCUGCCUGUGGCAAUAAAAAUUGUAAUGAGUAUUUAGAUAUAAAUCUCAAUAACUGUCCACGUUGUGAUACUGGCGUCAGUCCGAAGCAACGGAAUGGAUACAAUGAGGCUAUGGCCAUAACAAAAAUGCACUUGGAAAAUAUGAAGGAUGUGGCUUAUUUCGAUGUUUGCAAACUAUGCCUCGCCAAACAAAAAGGUUUUAUUCAUCCACUAAAUAUUUGGCAUGUUAAAACUUUAGAUGCGGCGUUUGAAGCUGCCAUCGAUGUGUUGAAGUGGAGAGAGGCGUUGGAGUUUGGCAAAGAGUUGGUUGUAGGCUUCAGAAAAUAUCUCGGCGAUUGGCAUCCGUUGCUAGGACUGCUUUAUUUAAAAAUUGGCAAGAUUCAACUAUACGAAAACUACUUACCAGAGGCCGUGAACAGUUUAAAGGAAGCGCAAAAAAUUCUCCAAGUUACCCAUGGUCGAGAUCACAGCCUGUUGCGUGAGCAAUUAUCACCUUUACUUACACAGGCUGUUGCCGAGAGCUCCGAAUAAAAUUCCCGUAAGCGAAGAAAAGUAUGUUUUGGCGACAAUCUGGUUUUCAUAUCCAAUCAUGCCAUUUGAGAACAUAUUCUGGCUUUAGCUGAGUGUGCAGGGACGCAUGCUACUGCAGCAGGUUGAAUUGCCUUCAGACGCAACUUACCGAUUAUUAAAUGAUAUAAUAAGCGUUUAUUAAUAUUCAAAUAUCUGCCGAAUUUACAUAUUUUCCUAAGUUUAUAGCAGAAGUACAAAAACAAAAUGUACACGUCAAGGGGAAUUUAUAUAUAUAUACAUAUACAUAUAGAUUUAUAUAUAUAUGUAUUAAUUCGCUUUGCUAUUUGCUUUUCCUGCCUGAUUGAGGCAGGUUCUGUAAUUCACUUCAGAGUGAAUUUCAAAAUAAACUUCCCUUUGAAUUCAAAUUGGCAGGGGUUGAAAUUCACUCGGAAGUGAAUUGCAGAACCUGCCUGAAUAAAAAUUCAGAGUGAAGGCGGAUUCAGCGAAAACUUUUCUCAGAAAUAUUGCAGAAAAACAUACUUAUUAUUUACUAAUUAUUAUAAUUUUAGAAUAAAAAUCUUAUACUACCAG